AUGGCCGAGCAGCCCAGGCUGCAGAAGUGGAUCAGGCCACAGGACGUCGAAGGAAAAGAAGCCCCAGCAACAGUCGAAGGAGAAGAAGCCCUAGCAACAGAAAAGGAGGGCCCGGCCAAGCGAACAUUAUACCAGCAGUACAAUACCAGCAAGAACAGAUAUCAUCUUGUUCACCAACGGAGGAUCAGGAGAGUUGGCGUGACUUCUUCUGCGGUCGGCACACCCGGACCUCAGCAUCAGCUCACACAGCCAUACAGCGCGGCAUUGGAAGCUUCCUGGCUAGUGAAGUUCGGCGGACGAAUACCGAAGGUGAUGGGAGAUACCAAGAUCACGGAGUUGGGUUUCAUCGAAGAAGAGCUAGGAACUCGCCCGACUUCUCACUCGAGAGUAACAGUUCGGGUGCGUCAAAGGGUGAAAUGGCCACUCAAAGAGGUGGAUCGAGCGCUCGACGAGGCCAAUCGGUUUCUCAAUGGGGAGCAGCUUCGGAUUUCGGAGAAGACGAUAUGGUACGCGAAGAAACUCGCAAACAAUUCCUCCCGAGAACCUCAAGCUUCGCGAUGCUCUCGUUUAGCCAGAAGAACAGGCCAAAAACCUCUCCAUUUGGGAGCCGGUCUCGGAGUCGGUCCAGAAGUGAGAGACACUGCCCAAGGAGAAACCCUAGCCGCCGAAAGAGAAGAAGCCCCAGCAGCAAAAAAGACCACUGUGGUGGAGAUGGAUGGCAUCCAUCAGACGUACCAAAGCGAUGAACUCCUCUUCCGUUGUUCGACAAUCGAUGAGCUUACUCUGCCGCUCACAUCGACAGCACCAGGCAUUAAGUCUCGAAGCUUGGAUCAGUUUUCUCGUGGGGUUCAAGCAAGACGCUCAAACGAAGAUCACCAGGAGUUUCAUCAGAGAUCUAGUCCAGAUGCCAAUCGGGAUGACCAGGAACAAGCCCAUCGAGGAGACGGCCAGGAAGACGGCCAUGAAGACGGCCAGGAAGACAACCAGAAUACCACUGUAGAUGUCGGUGAUGCUCCCACCUCCUACAGAAGCUUAUACCGCCUGGGUCCUCACGUCUCAUUCAUGGAGUUUGGUCCCAGCUCCUACAGCUUUUCCCGAGAUAAUACCUGCUUUUCUUCAGCUCUGUACAUCUGUUUUAGACCGGUUCCGCCACCUCCCUCCUCACCAGGGUUCAUAGCCAAUAAGCAUGGCAGAAUCGUCGAGUACGCAACUAGGGAACAAGCCCAACAGGCCGUCAACACUCUCAGCAACCAAAACCUGAUGGGACAACUGGUCUACGUCCGCGAGGUAUAA